UAAACCUUGGACAACAUUGGGACGUGUUUCGCCGAAAAGACAUGGCUCCCCACACGGGCAAGACGACGAGAAACAAGCGUUACCUGGAUGAGAACGUGGAAAAUAUGAGGGAAGAAAGUGAAAGGGUACUUCGCGCAUCACGUGUCGCAGCUAGCCCACCGCCCAAGAGAAGAAGAGGGAACCUUCCGAAAGAUUCCGUCAAUGUUUUGCGGAUGUGGCUAUGGGAGCACAGAUUCAACGCAUAUCCCUCGGAGGCAGAGAAGCAGUACCUAUCAAAAGCUGCCAACUUAUCAGUGCUUCAAGUUUGCAACUGGUUCAUCAACGCGCGUAGGCGAAUACUACCGGAGAUGAUUCGACGAGAAGGACGCGACCCCAGCAAUUAUACCAUCACGCGAAGAGCGAACGUCAAAAAUCCGUCGCCUAAUAGCUUGUAUCAACGAAAUUUAUCGCCCAGUCCCGAGCCACACUUCGAAAAUGACUUUGCUAGGCACGAUCAGGAGUCUUACAUCUGUGAGUAUCGGGGAGAGUUCGAAUACGUGGGAUGUAGCAGUCCUUCAUCGCAAGGACAGUCGGAAGACUGCGACAGUGAAAUGCCGGCAAAUGAACAUCACACCGCACAAACUUUGGAUGCUUUCAGCAGUAUCAAUUUAUUAGUGGAGGUCGCUUUAAACAUGGACGAGUUUCGUAAACAGGGUAAAAAUUGCUUUCAAAAGGUAGCUUCUUUGUCAUGCUAACUUUGAGGCAAUUUGAAAUUUAUAUCGCAUGUAGACUUUGUGUUGUGGCAUUGUACCUGGGAAUCCUUUGUACAUUGUAAUGAAUAAUAGAUCGUUGGCCGGGAGCGACCUGACUUGUUGCGUUACCUGCGAUCGAAUAAUAGUUUCACUUGCAAGACGCGUUUAGUCCGCUCUUGGCUUUUCUAUUUAAGACAUUCGAACGCAUCGCGCGCGCGAUCAUUAGGACUCGUUCCGUGUUUUGCGCGCGCCGUUUGUCUGCGGAUUAAAUCACAAGGUAUCGCGAAAUUUAACAAGUCAGAGAUUAUGUAGAUGUCUUCAUUGUUUUGCCGAACGCUGUGUAAAUAGAAUUCUGAACUGACGUUAUGACAGACGGAGUGUGUCAAAUCGGCGAACUCCCCGCCGGAGACUUGAAAGAGAACAACCCGCUUCUGAAAUUAAUUUGUCAUUUGCUUCCAAUUUUCUGGUAUGGCUCCGUCAAGCCGGCUUUGACACUGGUUCUGAAAUUAAAACUCAAAUUCUUCACCUAA